AUGGGUGAUCAAAAAGUUGUGUUAAUCACCGGCUGCGCAAAAGGUGGUAUAGGUUAUGAAUAUUGUAAAGCGUUUGCCGAACAAAAAUGUCAUGUUUUUGCUACUGAUAUUCCGAGCCGAAUUCACGAACUGUCGGACCUCCCAAAAGAAAACGUCGAAUCAUUAGAGCUCGAUGUAACUUCAGAUGAGAGUGUAAAAUCAGCAGUAGCAGAAGUUAUAAAGAAAUGCGGUAAAAUAGAUUUACUCGUCAAUAAUGCUGGUAUAGGAAGUACUGGUCCGUUAGCAGAGCUUCCGUUGGAGAUUGUUAGAAAAGCUUACGAAGUGAACGCAUUAGGGCAGUUAAGGAUGGCUCAACAUGUUGUACCUCACAUGGCUUCGAGGGGUUGCGGUUGCAUAGUAAAUACAGGAAGUGUGGUAGGGGAAGUACCAACUCCAUGGGCUGGUUCUUAUUGUUCUUCAAAAGCUAGCGUCCAUGCAAUGUCGGAUACUUUACGUGUGGAAUUAAAACCAUUUGGAAUCGAUGUAAUACUGGUCGUUCCUGGUGCCAUCCGUUCGAAUUUAGGGCAGGCAAAUGUAGAAAGAUUGAAGGGUUAUGAAUGGAAACUAUACAAGGAAUUCAAAGAUGACAUAGUUGAACGAGCAAAGGCUUCUCAGACCGGGAAAGCCACUGAUGCAACAUUUUUUGCACGACAUGUUGUGAAGAAGGUAUCGAGUCCUAAACCGCCAAAGCAAAUAGUGUUUGGACAUAUGACUUGUUUGUUUGCUUUGCUUUCUUGGUCACCUCUGUGGGUUCGAGAUCAAUUCUUUUCGAAUCGGUUUAACCUAAACAAGAAGUCGAAGCUCUAA